CUCAUGAAUCAUAAUCAUCAUAUAUAUAUAUAUAUGUUACGUUAACCUAACAAAUCCACAUAUAUAUAUAUAUAUAAAUAUCCAAACAGUACUCAUCAUAUCAUAUAUGCUAUCUCUCUCUCUCUCUCUAGCCAGCUUUCCAAACACAACUCUUCUCUAUAUAUUUACCUUACUACACUACCUAUCUUCUCAUCCAUUUAUACAUAUACAUAUACAUAUAUGCACUCUAGCUGGAUUUCUUACUAUAGCUCUUCCAAUGUUUAACUAUUCAGCUUCCUAUAUAGUUCAUCUCUAAUUUACAUAUUAUUUAUAUUUAUAUAUAUACCUAAUUAGAACAGUUUUCCCCAAUAUAUAUCACCUGGCUCAUCCUUUCACACCUACUGUUUGCAUAGCUAUAGCAUCUGGGGUUUGUAUAUGCAAGCAUUAAUUAACACACUCACACAUAUAUAUUAACAAAUUAUUAAUAAUCUGGAGAAAGCAAUCAUCAUCAUCAUCAUCAUCAUCAUCAAAAUCAGCUGAUAAUGCUGAUGGGGUCUUUCAACUCUUCUCACCACGAACAGCCUCGAGGAGACGAAGAAGAAGAAGAAGAAGAAGAGCAAGACACUGCAGCCGCCGCCGCCUUGCCAGAUCUACUUCAAACCACAUCCCAUUCCCACUUGGCCUUUCCAGCGCCGGCGUCUCAGCCCAUCAACGCAAUUCACAUGCGCCAGUUGGUCAUCAGGUGCGCCGAGCUCAUCUCUCAGUCCGAUUUGGGCGGUGCUCACCGCUUGGUCUCGGUUUUGUCGGCCAACUCCUCUCCCUACGGAGACUCCGUCGAGAGGCUGCUUCAUCAGCUCGCAAGAGCCCUCUUCCGCCGCCUCCACCUCAUGCAGCACCACCGCAUGAGCCUCCAUAACAAUGAGGAAGAUCAAGAUCACCACCACCAUCAUCACCAUCAUCAUCGUAAUAAUCAAGAUCUGCAAGCCCUUCAGUCUUGCUAUAUAACCCUAAACCAGAUAACCCCAUUCAUAAGGUUCUGUCAUCUCACAGCCAACCAAGCCAUUUUGGAAGUCAUAGACGAGACCCACCACCAGGCACUCCACAUCCUCGACUUCGACAUCAUGCACGGCCUCCAAUGGCCACCGUUUAUGCAGGCUCUGGUAGAGCGCCACCCCAUGCUCCGUCUCCGCAUCACUGCAACCGGAACCGACUUAUCUCUUCUCCGCCGCACAGGCGACCGCCUCUUGAGAUUCGCUCAGUCACUCGGCCUGCACUUCCAGUUCCACCCCCUGCUCCUCCCAUCUACUGCCGAUCACCCUCAUCAUCUUCUCAUAAACACCAUCAACAACAGUAGUGUGAUCAACAUCGACGAAGCCCUGGCCGUGAACUGCGUCCUCUACCUCCACAGACUCCUCAAAGAUGACAGCGACGUGGCUGUCGACAGUGACAGCAUCCACUUGUUCCUGCGCAGCAUCAAAGCCCUCAAUCCCACCGUGGUCACCAUUGCCGAAAGAGAGGCCAACCACACCCUGGCCGACGCGUUGGACCACUACACUGCUAUCUUCGACUCCCUUGAGGCCACUCUUCCCCCCAACAGUCGGGAGAGGCUCGCGGUGGAGCAGGUGUGGCUGGGAAGGGAGAUCAUGGACUUGGUGGCCGCGCACGAAGAGCAACGCAUGACGAUCAGGCGAGGAUCCCAGAGGUACGAGUCGUGGGAAGUUAUGCUUCGAAGCUCGGGGUUUUCGAAUGUGCCGUUGAGCCCCUUUGCUCUUUCUCAAGCUAAGCUUCUCCUGAGGCUUCACUACCCAUCCGAGGGGUACCAGCUUCACAUUCUUAACGAUUCGUUUUUUCUGGGUUGGCAGAAUCGACCUCUUUUCUGGGUAUCUUCAUGGCACUAGCUAUAUAUAUAGCUAACAUAUAUAAUUAUAAUCCAUCUCUCUAUGGUGAUCAUCAACGACUUCAUUCUUAAUUAUAUUUAUACAUAUAUAUAUUAAUUCCUGGAUCCAUUGAGUCUUUUGUCCUCAUCAUCAUCGUUAUAAUUCUCUGUAGUGUUACUACUGUUACUUCUCUAGAUGAGAUGAGAUGAGCUGAGCUAAUAAUAAUAAUGUAUACCUAUAUAUGCAUCUAUAUCAAUAUAUUUU